GUCAAAUUUUUUUGAACCGAACGGCGGUUAAAAACAAACGGCAGCAGCGAGUCCUGAUUUGAUGAAAAGGAAAUAAGAAAGAGUAAUGUCGAGUAUUGGAAGCCCUCACACAGUGAGGUGUGAGCGAGCUCCACUGCGUGAUGUACAGAAUGAAAGAUCAGCGCUGCAGCAGACUCCACGCACUGCUAAAGUGUGUGAGGGUCACUCUGAUCAGAAGGAGAAUCUCUCCGAGCCAUCCUUCAUCACAGACUCUGAUCCACAUCUGUGCAGGAGCCACACAAACACAUCUGGAAAGAACAUCACGUUCAGAUCCUUCACAUGUGCAGGAGGAGAGGUGGGGAUUUCAGACAGAGCUGAUCUCUCAGACCAGUCUGUUCUAAUCCCACACGCUGUGAGUAACACCACCACCAUGACACACAAGGAUCAUCCGUACCGCGCACACACCGCUGACGGGAAGCAGGAGGAGCACGUCGCCUCUGAGUCUCUGAGCCACACACGCUCCUCAGACGUCACCUUCAUGUCCUUCACCUGUCCUGGAGGAGAAGUCGAGCUUGCAGGCGAUGAAUCAGUCGUACAUGACGAAUCGAUGGUCACUGAAGAUCCAGCUUCAGAGAAUCCCGCUCAGAGUUUUGAAGAUGAGGUCUCUGAGCACACCGAGCUUCCCAGCCAACAUUUUGAUCAUCUGUACUGUGACACUCAAACAUCUGAGCUGAGAUCUGAGAAAAUGGAGGAGGAGCAGGAGGAGGGUGGGGCUGUAAACCAUGCGUUCAGGUCCAUCUCAAUAAACACUCCAGACAUCACCUUUAAAUCCUUCACCUGUCCUGGAGAAGAAGUUGGAAUCGCAGAAGAAUCACUUCUACAAUGUGAUUCACUUGUGAAGAAUGAAUCACUCAUUGCUGAUGAUUCAGAGCUGCAGAAUCUCCAAAGUGAGACCUGUGAUGAGCACACCGAGCUUCCCAGCCGCCAUCUGGAUCAUCCGUACUGUAACACUCAAACGUCUGAGCUGAGAUCUGAGGAAAUGGAGGAGGAAGAUGGUGAGGAGGAUGGUGAUGGUUCUGUAAUUCCUCCAUCCAUCUCCAAAAACGCUACAGACGUCACCUUUAAAUCCUUCGCCUGUCCUGGAGGAGAAGUUGAGAUCGCAGGCGAUGAAUCGAUCGUGCAUGAUGAAUCAGUUGUCGCUGAAGAUCCAAAUUUGGAGAAUCCAACUCACAGUUUUGAAGAUGAGGUCUCUGAGCACACUGAACUUCCCAGCCGCCAUCUGGAUCAUCCGUACUGUAACACUCAAACGUCUGAGCAGAGAUCUGGGGAAAUGGUGGAGGAGGAUGGUGGUGGUUCUGUAAUUCCUCCAUCCAUCUCCAUCUCCAAAAACACUACAGACGUCACCUUUAAAUCCUUCACCUGUCCUGGAGGAGAAGUUGAAAUCACAGAAGAAUCACUUCUGCAGUGUGACUCACUCAUGAAAAAUGAAUCACUUGUGCAGGAUGAAUCACUCGUUCCUAAAGAUUCAGAGCUGCAGAAUCUCCAAAGUGAGGACUGUGAUGAGCACACCGAGCUUCCCAGCCGCCAUCUGGAUCAUCCGUACUGUAGCGAUGGAAUAGAAUCGUCUACUUGUAAAGGAAAAGGUUCCGUCACGUCCUCCUCUAUGUUGGAUACGAACAGUCCUGAAGGAGUCAGGACUAUAAACGACUCUUCUAGUGCUCUAAACGGCUCUGCUGCAGCGGACAGGCGAGAUGACGUCACGUUUCACUUCUCUGGUGCUGAAGUGGAGCUUGAGAACAUGUACAAAACGUUUGACACGCCCAUGCUCAUGAACAAUUUAAUCAUCUACCAUCAGGCCAGGUCCUCACCCAGCACGGAGUUAAGCGAACAUGGUGGAGAAAGUGUUCUCAUUAGUGAAAAAGAUGGCCGUGUUUAUUGUCACGUUGUGAAAACUGAUCCACGGGUGAGUGUUUCUGAAAACGACACUCACCUCAGGGUACAGAUUUCCAGUUCUGGGGUUUGGGAAAGCUCAGGAAGUGCAGUCCGGUAUGAAGGAUCCCAAAAUAUGAAGUCUGAAAUGAUGGUUCCUGAAGGUUCUUCAGACACCACGGAGGUACCAAAUGUAAAAUCUGUCCAGCAGCAAGAUCUCGACCAGGAAGUGUGCGCUAAUCUCGAAGAAAAUGUGCUUAAGGAUGAAAACACGCGACUGAGAUGUGAUGAAAAUGAUGAAAUAUCUCAUUCCCACCCUGGUGCUGAGAGAAUUCCUGAAAAAUUUGGUUCUACAGAAUGUAAGAGUGUGCAGAACCACAACAUGAUCAACCAGAAUGCUGAUGACGCUAACGUGUCGAGGCACGGCGAUCCCGAGGUCCUGCGUUCUGAAAGCAUGGAUGUGGAAGCUCAGAUGAAAAUGUGGAGCCACAUUGUUCUUUCUGAACCUUCCACUCCCAAACAUUCAGCACUUGGACAUUUCUGGCUUUCUGAAAGUCCCAUUCCUCCUCCGCAGCUGCACUCCACCGUACUCACUGCGCCGCUAAGCCCCAAACCCGUGCCCGCCUCUGAUCACGAGCUGCAGAAAGAGAAGGUCAUCAAGGAUUUCUCUGCUGUGGGAAAAGGACCUCUCCAAGAUCAGCUCAGGAAAUUGGGGGAACUCCUGAUCGCGGCCUCAGGGAAACUCUCCGCCCCGGCGGCCGUGACGCCUGUGGAGCAGCACGACGCCUGUGUGUGGACCACGCCCACACUGCGGCAGGAGUGCAGCACCAACACAUCCGCCAUCGUGGAGGAGAGGAGGGAGAUGGAGGUCUCGGACGCCUGCACUUCCACAGACCCUCUGCUCUGGAGUGUGAGUCGCAGUAAGCUGGAGUGUUUGUCCCGCUCUGAGCUGGAGCAGAAGCUAAUCUCCACCCUCAUCAUGGUGGAGGUUCUGUCUCAGCAGCUCACGUCGGCCCAGAACCAACACCUGAGAGGCAGCGGCGAGGCGAGUCCAUCCAGCCUGAGAGACCGCCUUGUACAGACGGAGCACACUGAGCUCAGCCGGACGGAGCCGUACAGAGAGCUGUAUGUGAGCGCACUAGAGAGAAUCCAAACUCUGGAGGUUGAUCAGGAAACUUUUCACAACUUGCACCAAGCCAUGCAGCUUAUGAGCAACACCAUGAUGAGUGUUAAAUCAGAAGUGGAGGAGGCUCUCUGCAGCAUGAAGGAGCUCGAAGGCGUUGUUACUGAUGAUCAGGAAAUCCAGUCCCAACAGGUGGGGCAGAUGAAGGCACUCUUUGCCCGCUGUACGGACAUGCUGAGGAAGAUGGAGCAGAAGAGCAGGGUGUGUGUGAAGGACAGGGACGAUAUGAAGCAACAGAUGGAAGAAGCUUUGGAGGAGAAAUCCACGGUGUUGCGGGUGCUGGAGCAGUUGCGUAACCAUCACACCACACAAGUGUCUGACCUUCAGCGUAACCUUGGAUCCCAUGAGGAACUGACAGAUGCACUCACACACACUUACCCACAGCUGGUGGAGCUGAAUAGGAUGCACAUGGACUCUGUUACCGAAGCCAACACACUGCUGAGAGAGACACUGGAGGAUCACACACACCUGUUGGCUGAGCUCCAUAAAGCUCAGCAGCUCCUCCAGAGGACGUAUCCGUUACUGCAGAAACUCCAGCACAGAGCGUCGGCCGCAAUACAGCGGAGUACGGAACACCAGGAGGAGCGAGACCGCGCUUUAGAGGACAGAGAACAGACGGAGCAGCAGCUGUACGAGACGCACUCUGGUCUGCAGGAAGCUCGACAGCAGGUUGCGGAUCUCAACACACAGAUAACCAUCAUGAGCUCAGAGAUGGCAGUUCUGCGUGAGCAGCUGACGGAGGUAGAGGACGAACGCUCUCAGUUACAGAGGAAGACCACUGAGCUCUCAGCUACUGUUUCCUCUACACUCGCUUCCUACGCUUUCCUGGAGCAAACCCUCGCCUCCGAGACCAGCAAGUUGCAGCGCUCACUGCACGACACUCAGGAGGCCAACGAGAGAGCAGACGGUAUCCAGGCGGCUCUGUGUGUGUGUGAGGGGAGGCUGGAGGAGUUGGAGCAGAUGUUGGUGCAGAGAGAGAAUCUUAUUUCUGAACUCGGUGCUGAAACGGAGAGCCAGCGACUGCAGCUGCGCAGACUCACGCAGGUCCAAAGUGAACUGUCUAACACCAAGGAGAUGAGUGAGUUCCUACAGGCGGAGAAUGAGCUGACCCGAGAGCAGUUGGCUGAGAGUGAGGGACUGCUGCGUUCACACCUUCAGGGACUGAGGGAGAGAAACCUGGAGUGUGAGGAUCUCCGAGUGGAGCUACAGCAGCUACGUAUGGAGAGAGAGUAUCUGCAGCAGGAGCUGGUCAGUACGCGUGAUAAAGCUCGCCUCAUGCUGUUGGAUCAGGGAGAGCAGCUCGCUCAGGCCACGCUGGACUCCUCCCUACUGCUGCAGCGUGUGUGUGCUCUCAUCAGCGCCACACACCCCACCCACCACAACCACAAGAGCACUGACGGUACGGUCCAGACUGAUCCGUCACCUGUCCCUCAGCCCUGCAGCUCCUUCCUGAACUCUGUCAUUACUGCUCUGACUGAGGAGCAGCCGUGUGAUACAGCACCACCUACUGAACCAGAAAGUUGUGUAGAGGAAGAGGACCUGAUUAGGAAUAUGGGGAAAGGAAGCAGCGCCUUCACUCGCAUCACACCAGCUGCACUCCAAAACACUAACGAUGAUGAGCGCAGUACCACUCUGUUGGAGUUGUUAUCGUCUCUGGGUGAGUGUGUGUCGGAGCUCCACUCGGCCAUCGAGCAGCUGAAACAAGGCAAAGACUCGGAGAUACACACUCUGCACAAGAGCAUUCGUGACCUGCAGGAGGAGAUGGAGACACAGAAUAACCGACACGCCAUGGAGGGGGUGGAGCUUAAACAGCAAGUGGGCCGGCUUAAAGGUCAGGUGGAGAAAGAUGCACAAGUGCUGCAGCAGAAAACACAGGAUGAUAAAGCUCUGAGGAAGUUGUGCAGUGAACUGGAGGAGAAGCUGGAAGCAGCACAGAAACACCGAGCAGAGAACAGUGAGCUGCGUAGGGAGGGAGCCGAUCUGCGCCGGCUGCUACAACAGUCUCAGGUGGAGGUUCAGGUUCUGAGAGCGGAACUAGGAUCCACAGGCCAAUCAGCAGCCAGCAUGAAGGACCUGGAUGACAGGAUCCGCCUCCUGAGGGAGGUAGAGAAGCUGAAGGCCAGUCUGAUGGAGGUUGAAGAAAUGAGAUCCAAACUGCUGGAGCGAGCAAAGAGACACCAAAUGGUGCAUGCGAUGAAUCAGAGUAAACUGGAACGAGAGCUUCACCUGCUGGACGACAUGAUUGAGGCUGUGAGGAAGGCUCUCUCGUCUGUCCCUGAUGUAGUAAACUCGUGUCCUGAGCUGCAGAAGUUGGUGGAGUUUCUCGGCUGAAUGAAUUCUGACUCUGUGUCACUUUUUUUAAUGUUUCUAAUAAAUGUUUAAUUAUUAAUGGAAUUAAAACUAACGUGACUUUGUGUAUAAACGGAUGUUUUCUAAAUAAAAAUGGCUUCUGUGUAA